ACCCGUUUCCUGACCUGCUACAGUACAAUGCAUCUAUCCCCCAACCGCCGCUCUCUGAAUCAAGUCUGUGUAUUCACAGAGACAAAAAAGUGUAGACCUCCACAAGUCUGAUUCAUCCUUGGGAGCAAUUUCCUAACGCCUGAAGGUACCAAGUUCAUCUGUACAAACAAUAGUACGCAAGUAUAAACACCAUGGGACCAGGCAGCCAUCAUCCUGCUCAGGAAAGAGACGCGUUCUGUCUCCUAGAGAUGAACGUACUUUGGUGUGAAAAGUGCAAAUCAAUCCCAGAACCUUGUGAAGAUGCUGGAGGAAAAAGGUACAAAAGUAUCUAUAUCCACAGUAAAACGAGUCCUAUAUCGACAUAACCUGAAAGGCCGCUCAGCAAGGAAGAAGCCACUACUCCCGCCAUAAAAAAGCCAGACUUUGGUUUGCAACUGCACAUGGGACAAAGGUCAUACUUUUUGGAGAAAUGUCCUCUGGUCUGAUGAAACAAAAAUAGAACAGUUUGGCCAUAAAGACCAUCGUUAUGUUUGGAGGAAAAAGGGGGAGACUUGCAAGCCGAAGAACACCAUCCCAACCGUGAAGCACGGGGGUGGCAGCAUCAUGUUGUGGGGGUGCUUUGCUGCAGGAGGGACUGGUGCACUUCACAAAAUAGAUGGCAUCAUGAGGGAAGAAAAUUAUGUGGCUACAUUGAAGCAACAUCUCAAGACAUCAGUCAGGAAGUUAAAGCUUGGUCGCAAAUGGUUCUUCCAAAUGGACAAUUACCCCAAGCAUACUUCCAAAGCUGUGGCAAAAUUACUUAAGGACAACAAAGUCAAGGUAUUGGAGUUGCCAUCACAAAGCCCUGACCUAAAUCAUAUAGAAAUGUUGAGGGCAGAACUGAAAAAGUGUGGGCGAGCACGGACGCCUACAAACCUGACUCAGUUACACCAACUCUGUCAGGAGGAAUGGGCCAAAAUUCACCCAACUUAUUGUAGGAAGCUUUUGGAAGGCUACCCAAAACGUUUAACCAAAGUUAAACAAUUUAAAGGCGAUGCUACCAAGAACUAAUUGAGUGUAACUUCUGACCCACUGGGAAUGUGAGGUAGUCUGUGUGAAGUCAUUGUCACCAUGGCAUGGAGUACCAACAGCACCAAACUGGACAACAUCACAUUGUCCCUGUUCCAGAACACGACAGCCAGCACUGCUAUCUCCAUCAUCUACAUCGUGGUCACCGUCAUCAACCUGACAGGAAAUGGCCUCUCCAUGUGGCUUCUCCUCUUCCGUACCUCUCCCAAAACCCCCUCCAUUAUCUUCAUGAUAAACCUGACCCUGACUGACCUGGUCUUGGGCCUCGUCCUGCCCUUCCAGAUCAAGUAUCAGAUGCAGGGGCAUAAUUGGAGCCUGGGCCCGGGCGUAUGCAGGCUCCUGACCGUGGUGUUCUUUGCCAACAUGUACUGCUCAAUUCUAACUAUGACCGCCAUCAGUGGAGACCGCUACCUGGGCAUCUGUUGGCCCAUGCUCUUCCGUGAGACCAGGGAAAGGAAGUCAUUCGCUGUUAUCGGCUGUUUGGCCAUGUGGACAGUCGUCCUAUCUGUCCUGUACCCAUUAAUGACAACCGACCUGACGUUCCACGUUCCAGAACUCGGGAUCACCACCUGCUUUGACGUUCUGAAGAGGGACAUGCUUCCAUCGAUGGAGGCCUGGGCUGCUUUCCUCCUUACCCUGUUUGUCAUCCUUUUCCUCAUCCCGUUCUGCAUCACUGUAUUCUGCUACGUCGGCAUCAUCCGCAAGCUGGCCCGAGUUUCCAAGACCAACCAGAAAGAGAAAGCUAUUCGUCUUGCCGUCACCGUCCUAACGGUCUUCACACUUUGCUUUGCUCCCAACAACAUCCUCCUCCUGGCUCACACCAUCCGGAGGCUCUUCUACGGGGACUCCCUCUACAUGGCCUACAAGCUGACUCUUUCCCUCAGUUGCCUCAACAGCUGCCUCGACCCCUUCAUCUACUACUUUGCCUCUAGGGAGUUCCGUCAAAAGCUGAGGCAGAUGCUAAGGCUGAGAACACUGAGCAGUCUGGACACAGGGAAGACAGACCCGCACCGAGAGAGCCUGUACUCUGCCCAGUAUGUGUCUGGGGGACAGGGCGGAGAAAACGGCAGAGUUUCUGUUAAACAACACUGUUAAAAAACUUUGUCUGUAAAGUGAAGAGAGAGGGCAGAUGACAACCGAGAUGACAUGUCGCAAUUUCUCGUGUUGGGACAAAUGACAUUUCACAAUAAUUUCACAGGAUGGAAUGUUUUUGUGUGCUGUAUAUAGAUUAACAAACUAGGACAGACGGUGCUUCUGCAUUUCCAAAGUUAGGGCUCUAUUCAAUCAGAUCUGCUUUUGCCGACAUUGGCAUAGCUGUUGUUUUGAUGCUGUCAGAGGUGGAACUGAGUUAGAGCUGACAAAUCCACAAGUCGCUCCUGGCAGAAAACCUAAAGAGGACAUUGCAAGUGAUUUCGCAUUAACAGAAAUAAUUUGCAGCCUUGUUUACAAGUUUGAACACUGGAAUGUGAGAUGUAAUUGACACCUGGUUUAAGAUGAUAGAAUUUUGUUGAAUGAUUUUUCAAUUUGGAAGUAAUUAUUUAUAUAAAGCCUACACUCGCUCUGAACUUCUAACGGAAGUGGGGCGGGUGUGGCUUUCCUGACAGUGAUUGCAAGAGCCGCUGCUCACUAAUUUGACAGCUCCAAAUAGGCCCAUCUCAAACCUCCCGAGUGGCGCAGCGGUCUAAGGCACUGCAUCUCAGUGCUUGAGGCAUCACUACAGACACCCUGGUUCAAUUCCAGGCUGUAUGACAACCGGCCAUGAUUGGGAGUCCCAUAGGGCGGUGCACAAUUGGCCCAGCGUCGUCCCGUCCGGGUUUGGCCUCUGUAGGCCGUCAUUGUAAAUAAGAAUUUGUUCUUAACUGACUUGCCUAGUUAAAUACAUUUUAAAUAAAUACAAAUAAUAACUAAUUUUCCUUUCAAAGAUUCUAGUGAAAACUGUUGCUCACCUUCUUCCAACAGCGCCACCAUGAGGCCAAACACAACCAUACUCUACAGGUUAGCUAUACUCACAUCCCUGAGCGUGUGUGCCAAAUUCCAUGACUCUGUCAAACAGAUAGAUAUUGUGUUCCGCUUAUAGCGCCACCAUGUGGUUGAUCUGAGUAUGUUUGCAUAUGAGACUUGAUAGUGUUUUGAAAAUGUAUAUUAAGAUUUGUUACAGUACGAGUAAUCAUGUCUGAUUUACAGGGUUGGGUAGGUUACUUUCUAAAUGUAAUAUGUUACAGUUACUAGUUACCUGCCCCAAAAUUGUAAUCAGUAACGUAACAUUUGGAUUACCCAAACUCAGUAACGGAAUCAGAUGACAGCCCGCUUGGAGUUUGCCAAAAGGCAUCUGAAGGACUCAGACCAUGAGAAACAAGAUUCUUUGAUCUAAUGAAACCAAGAUUGAACUAUUUUGCCUGAAUGCCAAAUGUCAUGUCUGGAGGAAACUUGGCACCAUUCCUACGGUGAGGCAUGGGGGGGGAGUGGAUCAUGCUGUGGGGAUGUUUUUCAACGGCAGGUACUGGGAGACUAGUCAGGAUUGAGGGAAAGAUAAACAGAGAAAAGUACAGAGAGAUCCUUGAUGAAAACCUGCUCCAGAGUUCUCAGGACCUCAGACUGGGGCGAAGGUUCACCUUCUAACAGGACAACGACCCUAAACACACAGACAAGACAACUCCGGCGUAGCUUCGGGACAAUUCUCUGAAUGUUGUUGAGUGGCCCAGCAGAGCCCGGAAUUGAACUCUGGAGAGACCUGAAAAUAGCUGUGCAGCAAUGCUUCCCAUCCAACCUUAGAGCUUGAGAGGAUCUGCAGAGAAAAAUGGGAGAAACUCCCCAAAUACAGGUGUGCCAAGCUUGCAGCAUCAUACCCAAGAAGACUUAAGGAUGCAAUCGCUGCUAGGUGCUUCAACAAAGUACUGAGUAAAGGGUCUGAAUAAUUAUGUAAAUAUGAUAUCAGUUUUUUUUGUUAUACAUUUUCAAAAAUGUCUAAUCCUGCUUUUGCUUUGUCAUUUUGAGGUAUUUUGUGUAAAUUGAUGAGGGGGGAAAAAAUCUAUUUAAUUCAUUUUAGAAUACGGCUGUAAUGUAACAAAAUGUGGAAUAAGUCAAGGGGUCUGAAUACUUUCCAAAUGUGCUGUAUAGUGUAUGUUUGGUAAUUUAUAUUUACAUUUUUGACGACCAACGUAAUGAGUAACUUCAAUAACACUGCUAUCUUUUUUUAGGACACAUGGAAAUUCAUUUCCUUUGGUGUUAAUCAUGCAAACACACUUUAAAAAAAAUUGGGACACAGCAGUCGUGAGAUUCAAACCUAUAAUCUCUGUUCUCUAUCUAUGGAAUUAGUUGACUGCACCAUCAGAAUGGAGAUAGAAUGCAAUGUUUUUUUUAUGCAAGCUGUUAAUUUGUGUCUAUUCAAAUAAGUGCUUGUUUCAAAGGAAACAAGCACUUAUUAAGAUCAGGCGUGGCCAAUUAGUGGGCAAAUCCGACCAACCUGAACACACUUAACAGGAUAGAGGGAUAAGGGAUAGAGAGAGUUUUGUUGAUGCUGAGAACGGAAGGUAUAUGUUUUUAAAUUAUAUUAUUAAAAUUAUUAAAUGAACAUUAUUAAAAUGUUCUCUGAACGUUACAAGUUUUCUUGUGGUUUUCUUGACAUUCUGAGAAAAUAUAACUUAUCCUACAGGUUAAUGUUUUCUCAUGGUUCUAUUUAAAACCAUGUUCUCAAAUUGUUUCGAGAGUGUUAAGAAAACUUUACAUCGUGUUGCAGUUACUGCCAGCAUCCAGCAACUUUGCACAGCCAUUGAAGAGAAGUGGGACAACAUUCCAUAGGCCACAAUCAACAGCCUGAUCAACUAUGCAAAGAAGUCGCGCUGUAUGAGGCAAAUGGUUGUCACACCAGAUACUGACUGGUUUUCUGAUUCACGCCCCUACCUUUUUUAAAAAGAUAUCUGUGACCAACAGAUGUAUAUCUGUUUUCCUAGUCAUAUGAAAUCCAUAAAUUAAGACAUUAUUUAUUUCAAUUGACUGAUUUCCUAAGAUUAACUGUGACAGUAAAAUCUUUGAAAUUGUUGCAUGUUGCAUCUAUAUAUAUUUUUUCAACUGAAAUAAACCACCCACAUGGCA